CCCUGACACAUCACCCCACCCCACUCACAUCAGCCACCCUCCGCAUCAGCUCCACAGAUCCUCCAGUGCUGUUGUUGGUGAAUAAAAAGUAGACACCAUGAGUCCUAAACAGGUUGUCUUCAAGAAGCUCUCUAGGGACAAGUCUGUGGGCGUUUAUAUGGGAAGGAGAGACUUUGUUGACCAUUCUGACUAUGUGGACCCUGUGGAUGGAGUUGUAUUGGUCGAUCCGGAACAAGUCAAAGGCAAAAAAGUGUUCGUGAUGCUAUCCUGCACGUUCCGUUACGGGAGGGACGAUAUGGAUGUGAUGGGUAUUGGAUUUCGACGGGAUAUCUUCCUGACUACGCGACAGGUGUACCCACCCCUUGAAGACAAGGAGCGGAGUACACACACCAAAAUGCAGGAGAAACUCCUGCACAAACUCGGACUUAACGCCUACCCAUUCUUCUUUGAGUUUCCAGACAACCUGCCCUGCUCAGUUUGCCUUAAGCCUGGACCCAAUGAUACUGGAAAGCACUGUGCAGUGGAGUUUGAGGUGAAGGCUUUCUGUGGAGAAAACCAGGAUGAGAAGGCCCAAAAAAGGAGCUCAGUGCGGUUGACCAUUAGGAAGAUCCAGUAUGCCCCUGAGGCCGGCUCAGAGCCCGUUGUGGGUGAGACCACCUGUGAGUUUGCCAUGUCUGAGAAACCUCUGCACAUGAAGGUCCAACUGAACAAAGACACAUACUACCAUGGGGAGCCAAUCAACAUUAAUGUGGAGAUCACCAAUAGCUCUAGCAAAGAUCUCAAAGACCUUUCUGUCUCAGUGGAACAGGUGACCAGCGUGGUGCUCUACUCCAACGACAAAUACGUGAAGUCAGUGGCCGCAGCCGAGGAGAGCAAAGACAAGAUUCCUGCUGGCACCUCAUUUAAGAAGAGCUAUACGCUGGUGCCACUGCUGGCCAAUGCCCGCGAUCGGAAGGGGCUGGCACUGGAUGGCAAGCUGAAGCACGAGGACACCAACCUCGCCUCCUCCAGCAUUGUGAAGGAAGAGGUGAUGAAGGAGGUCCUGGGGAUGCUGGUGUCCUACCGAGUGCAUGUCAGAGUGCUGGCUGCAGGGUUAAUUGGAUCAAGUGAGGUCGCUGUGGAGGCGCCAUUCCGACUCAUGCACCCCAAGCCUGACCCAGAGAAAGAGAGCGCUGAGGCGGCAGAGCUGGAUUUCCAGGAGUUCAAGCGCUCCUGCAUGAAGGGCAUCACCGGGGAGGAGGAGGACUCCCCUGCCGAGGGCUGA